AUACUUUGCAUGCACUGGUUCUGAACCACGCGUCUUCUCGCCAUCCAAGGCCAAGAACCACCCACCUCCCAACACCGUCACCACAAAAAGCAUCAAUUUGUCUUCUAAUUCCCUCAAAAGAAGAAGAAGAUAAAGAAGAGCCGAAGGGUCAAACCUUUUCAUAUUCCUGAGUCUCAACCACUUUCUUCAAAGCUUCAUUGUUGAGAGCUUCAUUGCAGCAAAAAUGGUCAAGCUUAAUCCACUUCUCUCACUGAUCGUUGUUCUCUUGAUUGGUUUUUCGUGUGGGUGUGUCAAUUGUAAGGACUCAGACUCAUCCUCAACAAUCAAAGUUCUUCUGAAGGUAAAACAAUCAUUUGUUUAUGACCCACAAAAUGUAUUGGAAGAUUGGUCUGAGCUCAACCCAAAUUUCUGCACUUGGAGAGGUGUUUCAUGCGUGACAAACUCGGUUGAUGGCUCAGUCCGACUGGUGGGUCUCAACCUUUCCGACUCAUCACUCACCGGAUCAAUCUCUCCCUCACUUGGCAACUUACAUGACCUGCUCCACCUUGAUCUUUCUUCUAAUCAACUAUCUGGUCCCAUUCCACCAACUCUGUCUAACCUUUCUUCUAUGGUAUCUUUGCUUCUGUUUUCCAACCAACUCUCCGGUCCCAUUCCAAGUCAACUCGGUUCACUCACAAACCUCCAAGUUCUCCGAAUGGGCGACAAUGGGCUCACGGGUACAAUUCCUGCCUCAUUUGGUAAUCUUGUCAAUUUGGUUGCUCUUGGUCUAGCCUCAUGCAGUCUCACUGGUCACAUUCCUCCAGAACUCGGGCGACUCAGCCGAGUUGAGAAUUUGAUUCUGCAGCAAAAUCAGCUGGAGGGUCCAAUUCCGGCAGAGAUGGGGAACUGUUCUAGACUCAGUACGUUCACCGUUGCAGUCAACAAUCUCAAUGGAACAAUCCCAGCAGAAUUGGGUCGCCUUCAGAAUCUCCAACUUCUCAACCUUGCCAACAAUACUCUGUCGGGGGAGAUUCCGAGCCAACUCGGUGACUUGACCCAACUCGUUUAUCUGAACUUUCUGGGGAAUCAGCUUGAAGGUACAAUUCCAAAGUCCCUGGCUAAGUUGACUAAUCUUCAGAAUCUGGACUUAUCAGCAAACAAGCUCACUGGUGAAGUUCCAGAGGACUUGGGCAACAUGGGUCAGCUGGUUUACUUGGUACUGUCAAGCAACGAUCUUUCUGGUGUCAUACCGAGAAAUAUAUGUUCAAACACUACAAAGUUGGAACACUUGAUUCUCUCCGAAAAUCGAAUUUCGGGUGAAAUUCCAGCUGAAUUGGGAGACUGCCAGUCACUGAAACAACUUGAUUUGUCCAACAAUACAAUCAAUGGUUCAAUACCAAUUGAACUAUUCAAGUUAACUGGUUUAACUGAUCUCUUGCUCAACAACAAUACCUUGGUGGGUUCAAUUUUGCCGUACAUUGGGAACCUCAGCAAUCUGCAGACGCUGGCACUGUUUCAGAACAACCUGAAAGGCAAUCUUCCUAGAGAGAUUGGAAUGCUUGGGGAGCUUCAGAUUCUGUAUCUAUAUGACAAUCAAUUCUCAGGAGAGAUACCUAUGCAGAUUGGCAAUUGCUCGAGCUUGCAGAUGAUGGACUUCUUCGGCAAUCAUUUCACAGGAAGCAUUCCUAUCACCAUUGGAAGGCUGAAGAAACUGAAUUUCCUUCAUCUCAGACAGAAUGAUCUGUCAGGAGAAAUUCCCGCCACUUUGGGUAACUGCCAUCAACUAACUAUCCUCGACUUGGCAGAGAAUCAUCUAUCCGGUGCCAUUCCCGCGACGUUUGGGUAUCUCCGAGCUCUGGAGCAGCUGAUGCUUUAUAACUGUUCUCUUGAAGGUAAUCUCCCCACUGAACUUACCAAUGUUGCAAACCUGACCAGAAUAAAUCUCUCGAAUAAUAGAUUGAAUGGUAGUGUAGCUCCAUUGUGUAGCUCGCGUGCUUUCCUUUCUUUCGAUGUCACAAACAAUGCAUUUGAUCAUGAAGUACCUCCCCAGCUGGGGAAUUCGCCUUCUCUAGAGAGGCUUAGGUUGGGGAGGAACCAAUUUACGGGGAAAAUGCCCUGGACAUUGGGGAGAAUCCGAAAACUGUCACUGUUGGAUCUCUCUGAAAAUUCACUCACUGGAUCAAUACCAGAUGCAAUUUCAUUGUGCAGAAAUCUGACUCACAUUGAUCUCAACAAUAACUUCCUUUCGGGGCCAGUCCCGUUGUGGCUAGGAAGUUUGCCACAGUUGGGUGAGCUCAAGCUGUCCUCCAACCAUUUUUCUGGGCCUCUCCCACGAGAACUAUUCAAUUCCUCAAAUCUUCUAGUGCUUUCCCUUGAUGGCAAUUCACUUAACGGAACUCUCCCUCCAGAUAUUGGUAAACUAGCAUCCCUCAAUGUCCUCAAGCUCAAUCGUAACCAAUUUUUUGGACCCAUUCCUUCAGCCAUUGGCAAAUUAAGCAGUCUUUAUGAACUUGGGCUCUCAGGAAACAACUUCAGUGGUGAAAUACCUGUUGAGAUUGGACAGCUCCAGAAUCUUCAAAGCAUUCUAGACCUCAGUUACAACAAUCUAACUGGUCAAAUCCCGACUACUGUUGGAUCACUGUCCAAACUUGAAGCACUUGAUCUGUCUCACAAUCAACUCAUUGGGGAAGUCCCUCCCCAAGUCAAUGAGAUGAGCAGCUUGGGCAAACUGAAUCUCUCCUACAACAAUCUUCAAGGAAAAUUGGACAAGAAAUUCUCACACUGGCCAGCCGAGGCAUUUGCAGGAAACUUGCAUCUCUGUGGAAGCCCUCUUGAUCACUGCCAAGACUCAGAAUCAAGAAAUCAACAAUCAGGGCUAAGUCAAUCAUCGGUUGUGGUAAUUUCAGCGAUUUCAACUGUCACAGCAAUUGUUCUUCUGAUCAUUGGAGUAGCUCUCUUUUUCAAGCAGAAGCAAGAAUCCUUCGGAAGAGCCAGUGAGGUGAACUCCACAUUCUCUUCCAGUUCUUCCCCAGCACAACGGAAACUACUCUUCCAAAAUUCUGCUAGAAAACGAGACUUCAGAUGGGAAGACAUUAUGGAAGCUACAAACAAUCUAAGUGACGAGUUCAUAAUUGGGUCAGGAGGAUCUGGAACAGUAUACAAAGCUGAGUUGUCCAAUGGAGAAACGGUGGCAGUCAAGAAGAUACCAAGGAAAGAUGAUCUGAUGCUGGAUAAGAGUUUUGGAAGAGAGAUUAAGACACUUUGGAGGAUAAGGCACAGGCAUCUGGUGAAGCUGGUGGGGUACUGCAGCAACAGAGGAGCAAGCUCGAAUCUGUUGAUUUACGAGUACAUGGAGAACGGAAGUGUAUGGGAUUGGCUGCAUCGACAACCAGUGAAUAGCAAGAAAAAGAAUACCUUUAAUUGGGAGUCAAGAUUAAGGAUUGCAGUAGGGUUAGCACAGGGGGUGGAGUACCUCCACCAUGACUGUGUCCCCAAGAUCAUUCACAGGGAUAUCAAAUCCGGUAAUGUAUUGCUUGAUGCUCAUAUGGAAGCACAUUUGGGGGAUUUUGGGCUAGCAAAAGCACUCGUUGAGGGUUACGACUCAGUAAACACGGAAUCAAACUCAUGGUUUGCUGGAUCAUAUGGUUACAUGGCUCCAGAGUACGCUUAUUCUUUGAAGGCGACAGAGAAGAGUGAUGUUUACAGCAUGGGUAUUGUGCUGAUGGAGCUUGUGAGCGGAAGAAUGCCAACUGAUGGAACAUUUGGUGUGGAUAUGGACAUGGUGAGGUGGGUUGAAACACGUAUUGAAACGCAAGGAUCUGCCCGUGAGGAGCUGAUAGAUGCUACACUGAAACCAAUGUUACCCAACGAAGAAGGUGCUGCAUUCCAAGUUCUUGAAAUAGCAUUGCAGUGCACAAAAACUGCGCCUGCAGAGAGGCCAUCGUCACGGCAAGUUUGUGAUCACCUCCUUCAUGUACUUAACGAUAGGAUGUGCGCUUCUGAGAAGUUGAGCCACGACCCAUAUGUAUAGUUAAUGAAAUAUCAAAUAAUUUGUCGUUUUAACUGAAUCCAACAUCCUAGGGUUAUCAAUCCCACUAUCGUUGUUCAACACAGGAAAUUAACAUUUGUCCGGGCAACACUAUGAGCCAAUUGAUGGCUCCAAUGGGGUCAAAUAGGGAAGGGGUUGUGAGACACUAUCAAAAGCUGUUCAAAAAUCAGAUUCCUGCUAAAUCUUGAAACAAAGUAGGAUACCCAAAGUUCAGUACUAAAGCUUACAAAUGCCAAUUUUUAAGGAGAAGCCACAAAUCCUUUCUCCAGCUGAAUACCUACCUAAUGAUUCCACCUGCUUCAAUUUGGCCAGGGUUCCCUUUAGGUUGGAGAGAGAAGAGAAAGGAAUGGAAAGGAUUAGGCUGAACAUUUUGUUGUUUAAUCUAGUUGUACUGUAACCUAAGUGUAGUAUUUUCCUUUAAAUCACUUCAUUGUCUUCAUUUUUUGUGAUAGUUUUUGUAGACAUUGUGAGAUGUAUUUUCUUGUAACCACUUUAUUUUUAUUCUUUUCUCUCUUCGUUAAACAAA